AUGCUCUCCCCGAACACGAUCAGAAAAACAAGAAACGAAAGUGACGUUUAUCAGAUAGUCUCAGAGAAUGGCCGUUCCUUACACCACGUCACUGGAACACUCAAAGACAACAAGAACAUUGCAUUAGCAGCCAUGGAAAACGAUCUCUAUGCUUUCCUAUACAUUUCCAAUCGCCUCAAACAAGAUCCCGAAAUUAUUACCUACGUUCUUGAACGAAUAUUUCAACUCCUGACAAGUGGUAGUUCGGAACAAACGGAUUUCGUUCAAAAGAAAUUGCUUCCCAGCUUGGAUCGCUCAUGUAAAACCUUGUUGCAGCAGUUGAUGAAACGAGACGGUUUGCUGUUUCAGCAUUUGAGAGGCAAAUUUCUGGCAUGCACUUCUUUGGCCAUUCUGGCAGUGAAACAAAACCCAAGAGCUAUCCACUUUGUGAGUAAGCCAAUUUUCGAUUAUAAAACUCUUGCCAAGCUUGCUAUUGAGGGGGAUUACUAUGUCGCCUUGGAACUUGUGGACAAACGAGCUUGGGAGAAUGAAAAGAUUGUUUCCAAAGCAUUCAUGCUGAAAAACAAACUGAGAAGAUGUGAAAAGUUCCUUGACAUUUGCAUUAUUUCAUUUGAGGAAGUAGAAGGGUGGUGA